AUGGCACGGGGUAUGACGGCAGUCCAGUCUCGUACCCAACCCAAGGAGACCAUCUCGUUUCCUGUCUUGACCUAUACCGAUGCCUUGCCACGGAACGACCUUCACUCUCUUGAUGAGGACUCUCAGCAACCAGCUCAGCCAAUGAUUGGACAGUGGGAUUUCAGCCAGCCCGCUACGGGAGAUGGGUGGUUCAGAAAGCCACCGCCGGACCAAGGCGCAACUUUCGACUUUAGCAUAAGCACACCACCAGAUGAAGCCAUUCAAACUACCCGAUCAGGCCGUACCCAAACCGAGCAACACAUGAUUGGCAUUGCGCUGGGCAGUCCCGGCAUGUUGAACAAAGACGGGCCUCUACCGCCACCCAGAUUUGAUACGUCCAGUUUUGCGGAAAGAGACUCAGCCCAUAAGCCCAGCAAGUGGAAGAAGAUUGGUGGAUUCUUCAAGGCAAAGAAUGCGCUUACACCGGUUCCGGAUAGCGCACAAGAAAGCGAAGUCAAGCCACAGAGCCACAACUAUAAACUGCCAGAGAAGCCGCAGAAAGCAAGAUUGAGAAAGAACUCGACGGAGGAGUGGCCGAAAAUUGAGAUCGAGCCCAGGAAGGUCCCUGGUCGAAGAGAUCGAACUCCCCAGCGGAGUCGGACGCUUUCACACGGCAACAAGCCACCCAAGCAUGAACCAAGCCCCCGGGGCCUCUUAUUGAGUGUAGACAUCCCAGAGGUUCAGAUGGAGCGUUACAGUGUCAUGUUCAGCAAUGUCGUCAACAAGAACCAAAAACCCUCACUGCUGGCCAGGAGGGCCAAGACUUUGGACAAUCUCCGUGUGCCUGAUGCAAAUGGCUUCCUGAAAUCACCAGCACCACCAAUACCGCAACGUCGGGCAACAUCACCAGCGCAAUCAAACUUCACCUUAUUUCCAACUACACAGCCUUCAAAAGCGGCCCAGCUACUCGGCACACAGAAUUUCUCCCGUGGACCGAGCCAACUGAUGAGAGCAAACACGCUCCCAAUCGAAAGCCCGUCGAAAAUGCCUGCGCCACAGCUCCGUCAUUGUUCAAAUAUGGGCAGUAUGUCAUCGUUCGAGUCACCAGUCAUUCCGAAGCUUUUCUCUGAGCGUUCCAACACCCCACGGUCCUCCAGUAGUUAUGACAAGCCCCUUCCUGCCAUCAAGCCGGAGCCACAGACUACAUCUACUCCAUUACAGAAGAGAUCUCAGCCAGAAAAGAAAACCCCAUCCCCGCAGAAGACUCGGCCACAAAAGAGCGUCCAAUCGCACAAUGAUGUUGUCACAAGGCCGGUGGCUCAGCCACGGAUCCAUCCACAGCCAAGAAAGGAUUCGCUGCCGCGAGCACCAGAAAGGCAGCCUCGGGAUACUUCACCACAAAACAAGACCACACAACAUCAGCCCAAUAAGACACCAAACCACCACAGAACCAACGACUCAGUGCGACCGCGUCUCACAGUUCAAACCGCAGGCCGACCACAUCCACCCGCAAAGGACACACUGUCUAGCAGUCCAUCUCGAAGCUCUCCUUCAGCGUUAAACCCGACCCAGGACAAGAUUGACCGAAUCAUGUCCCCAUUAUCAGCCUCAACUGGUCCUAGAUCCGGCGUGUCUCCUAGAUCGGGCGUCUCGCCAGCAGAUUCCAUGCGCAUGCCAUUCACCGAUGCCGUUGAGACCUUUGAUACCGCUGAACAGGAGCCUGAGCCUGUGCCCGAGCCUCGACGUCCUAUCCCAAGGGUUGAGGUCUCGACAGCACGCACUGUCUCUGUCUCUCGGUCAAAGAGGCAGGUUCUGGUUCCCAUCGGCAUGAGGAUCGAUCAUUUAGACCCGGAGGAACGGGUUGUGCAGAGAAGACCUCUGACACCGCAGAUUACAGACGCUCACCGGGGACAUCGGCCUGGCGUCUCACAGGAGUUGCAGAUAGAGUGUCUGUGA